CAUGGAUAGCCACAAGAGAGACAGCGACAUUUCUCAGAUAGAGGCUAAAAUCGACGAUAUUAUAAGUUCGCCAAAGCCAAUAUUGGCACCAAUACUCAAAUCUAGCUCUUUAGAUAGUGUUAAGAGUAGCCCUGAGAAACAAGUAGAGGAUAGAAGGAAAACUAUUUCAGUAGAAAGCGCUUUGAGUCAAGGGGGUAGGAUUAGUAACAACAUGAUUCAGAAAGAAAAGCAGGAGGCGGAAAACUAUAUAUCUGUAACCAUGAUCAACAAAGAAAAUACUCCAAUUCAGAUUAAAACUGAUGCUCCCAAAAUGAAGAAGAGUGAUGAAAAACUUCAGCAAUCAGGUACUACUAAACCUGGUGUGCCAGAAUUUCUCAACAUUCAACUCAACAGAGUCGACACAAAACCAACAACUAAUGUAGUGCUGACGGCUAAUAUAACGCCAAAGAAAGUUGAUAGUCCUCAAGUCGAAAAAGAGGUGGAAACAUACGAAGUUAUAGAAAGCAAGAGUCAAAGGAACUCAGUCGUCAGCAAAGUUGAGAGCGUGUGCGAAAAUACUCAAAUAGAAUUAAAGAGUUCUCCAGUAGUUGUUAAGAAGGCUACUCAACCACCACUGACUCCUCAAAGUCCUUCAACCCCUAAAGCAUUUUUCAAACGCAAAUCAACGAGUGUUGAAAUGCAAGAUAGACCAGAGAAACCAAGGACUAACUCAUUGAGCACUGAUGGCAGUACGGAGAAAAUUUACGACAACAUAUCUAUGGAUCGGAAAUCACAUUCCAGUUUUGGAAGUAAGAGUUCCAUACAAAGCACAGACAGCAGCGACAUCAGAACACCGGACAGAAAUGAAGAAACUGUCGUAUAUCGCAAAAAACCUGUCAUAAUGUCAAAAGAACUCCGCACCAGCGAACGCAGAAAUGACGAUGAACCAGAACUAAUGAAGGUUUUCGCUCGCCGCUCUCUAAAACUAAAAGAUUCUGACGCCGAAACUCUCGCCCAGGAAAUAGCCGAAGGUCUAAAAGAAGAUCACGACAACGCCAACAGAUCAAAACUUUUGAAAAACGAGUUCAAUGCUUCGAUUAAAUCUAGAGACAGCGAUAAAGAAAACGAUGACACAUCAUCUAAAACCAACGAAGAGAACAGAAUAGUCGACAUAGCCGCGCGCGUCAGUCAAUUCGGCGUCCCGCACUAUCAAAGAAGCGUCAGUAUAAACAGCGUAUCAAAUCCUAAACGAGAAAGCGCUCCCGUAUACAAAAGCGAAGCCAACAAGUAUAAAAAAGAAGUAUCAGAUUCUACACCAGAAAAGAGAUUAAGGAACAGGACAUUCCCGGAUCCCUCCAACGAUAGAGAAGAUAUUAAAAGUAUAACAAAAUCAGAAGCGAUGGCGUAUAAAGCUGAUACUUUGACUAAGCGUCCUUGGCAGAGGAAGGAUGACGAUAAGAGGCAUUUAUCUGUCGAGAAGCAGAAGCAGGAGAGUGCUGUGAUAGAGAAGGAGGACGGGGGGAGGGAGAAGGAGAGAGCGGGGGCGGUGGGAGUGGGGGAGGAGGGGGGGCAGGCGGACGCGUCGCCGCAGUUCAAGGGGAUCCUGCAGAUGCGCGCCGAGUGGGAGCGCCGCGCCAAGCAGGGGAUGACCAAAUAAAUGGUGCUAGUUGAAAGAGUCCUCAGCGGAUGGACGUCAAAACCGCAUUACAUAUUAUUAAAUUAACAUAGAGAUUACAAUACUUAGCUUAGACAUCGGCAAAUUAAUGUUAUCCGUACUAGAAAUUUAUCUCGCGUUGUUAUGACGAUGUAUUUUUGAGUGUUAUUGCAAAAUAGCUGAUAGUUCUAUUUUAUUAAAAUACUAUUGUGUAUUAAACAUUUCAGAACUGUGAAAUACAAAUUUUAUUCCUAUAGUUUC